AUGGCGCUCCCCUCCAAGAUGAAGGCCCUUAAGUACGACCAACCGGAGAAAUUCAGCGUCGAAGAGGUGCCUCUACCCAAAUUGCGCGACAACGAUAUCUUGCUCAAGGUCAAAGCCUGCGGUGUCUGUGGCACCGACUUACAUAUCCAUGAGGGUGAAUUUUUGGCCAAGUUUCCGUUGAUCCCUGGUCACGAAACUGUCGGUGUUGUUGCUGCCAUUGGACCGAAGGUCAAGGGUUUCGAGAUCGGUGACCGUGUAGUUGCAGACAACUCUGAGCUCUGCGGAGAAUGCUUCUACUGCCGUCGUGGUGAAGAGCUUCUCUGUGAAGACUUCCAAGCCCAUGGUGUCACCAUGGAUGGUGGUUUUGCCGAGUAUUGUGCCUAUCCCGCAAAGAGAGUGUUCCCCAUCAAGAACCUGUCGGAUGUCGAUGCCACCCUGCUUGAGCCUGCUUCCUGCGCUGCCCAUGGAUUGGACAAGAUUGCUCCCAAAAUGGGCUCCAGUGUGCUCAUGUUUGGUGCGGGACCCACUGGUCUGGUGUUAACCCAAAUGCUUCGGCAAAACGGUGGUUGCCAUGUUGUCAUUGCGGCCCCUGAGGGAUUGAAGAUGGACCUUGCCAAAUCUCUGGACGCAGCUGAUGAGUACGUGGAGCUGUCUCGAAGAGACCCGAGCGCCCAAUUCGAGAAGAUCAAGAAGGAGAACCCAUAUGGAUUCGACAUUGUGGUCGAGGCUACCGGCAGCGUCAAGAUUCUCGAAGACUCGAUCAACUAUGUCCGAAGGGGAGGCAAGUUAGUGGUUUAUGGUGUGUACGGCAACAAGGAUCGUGUCUCGUGGUCACCGACCAAGAUCUUUGGUGACGAAAUCACCAUCCUCGGAUCUUUCAGUGAGACAUACAAAUUCCCUGCUGCUAUUGACUACCUUGACACGGGUAAGGUGAAGGUAUCGGGUAUUGUCAACAAGACAUUCAAACUGGAGCAGUGGGCCGAGUGCCUUGAGUCGAUGAAGAACAAGAGUGCCAUCAAGGCGGCAAUUGUGUUCGACUAG